AUGCCCGAGGCCCUGGUCCAAGGUACCCACAAUACCGAAGCCGGGCACAGACGACGCCUUAUGGAGUACCGACUGGCUGAGGCCGGUGGAGAGGUCAAUCUUAGGUUGCUGGAGGAGACCGGUGUGGGUGGCUUUGCCCAUGCUGAGGGUUCACUCCGACAGGACAGCAGCUCGGCAGGGUCCAAGGCCUCCUCGAGUUGUGGAAACAUGGUAUCAGGUGAGAGUUCCCGCCUCUCAUAA